ACUGCAAGUCUGCAAAUGCCUUAUCUUCUAAUCAUCUAAUGAUUAUAACAAAUUCCAGCUUUGUGUGGUACACUACUUGCUUUAUAUGCCUCAUGCUUUAUAACAUAACAUGCAACAAGAUCCCAUCACAGCAUGCGUUUUUGCAUUUGAGUCUCUUACCAACUCAUCAUAUACAACAAGGAAUUAGUGAUCAUACACACAAGUGAACAUGGCGAUCAAAGAGGAUGCUGAAUAUGGUGUGGAGAAAGGAAUCAGAGAGCCACUUGUGGAGGAACAGAACAAGAAACUGGUCCAUGGAAGCAAAGGGCAUCCAUGGAUUGUUUACUUCACUACAUUUGUAGCAGUCUGUGGUUCUUAUGCAUUUGGGGCUUGUGGUGGAUAUUCAUCUCCUACUCAAGAUGCUAUCAGGAAGGAUCUCAGUCUGUCUUUGGCAGAGUACUCCUUGUUUGGGUCCAUCUUGACUAUUGGAGCAAUGAUUGGCGCAAUCACAAGCGGGCCUAUUGCUGAUAUUAUAGGAAGAAAAGGGGCAAUGAGAGUGGCAAGUGCUUUCUGUGCGGCAGGAUGGCUUGUUAUUUACUUUUCGGAGGGCCCAGUGCCUUUGGACAUCGGGAGGCUAGCAACAGGAUAUGCAAUGGGAGUUUAUUCAUAUGUGGUUCCUGUCUUUGUAGCCGAAAUUGCACCAAAAGAACUCCGUGGAGCUCUGACUACCUUAAAUCAGUUCAUGAUUUGUGCUGCAGUGUCUGUGUCGUUCAUAAUUGGAAAUGUAGUGUCAUGGAGGGCUUUAGCUCUAAUUGGCCUCGUUCCCAUAGCUGUAGUGCUUUUAGGUCUGUUUUUCAUUCCAGAGUCUCCUAGAUGGUUGGCAAAGAGAGGACGCAGAAAAGAUUUUGAGGCAGCACUGCAGAUACUUCGCGGGAAAGAUGCUGACAUAUCACAAGAGGCUGCGGAGAUUCAGGAUUAUAUAACAACUUUGGAACAGCUCCCAAAAACCCAGCUUCUGGAUCUGUUUCAGAGAAGAUAUUUGCGCUCAGUCACUAUUGCAGUCGGACUUAUGGGUUGCCAGCAAUUUGGAGGAAUCAAUGGAAUUUCCUUUUAUACAAGUAGUAUUUUUCAGCUAGCAGGAUUUUCUACCACCAUCGGGACUAUAAUAUACGCCUGCCUUCAGAUUGUGAUCACUGGUCUAGGAGCAGCCUUGAUAGAUAAAGCUGGCAGGAAGCCACUACUACUGUUAUCUGGAUUGGGGUUGGUUGCAGGAUGUCUAGUUACAGCAGUUGCCUUCUAUCUUAAGGUUCAGGAGGUUAGUGUGGGGGCAGUCCCAGUACUUGCUGUAACUGGCAUACUGGUCUAUGUAGGAUCAUUUUCAUUAGGAAUGGGAGCAGUUCCAUGGGUUGUGAUGUCUGAGAUAUUUCCUGUCAAUAUUAAAGGGCAGGCUGGAAGCUUAGCCACUUUUGUGAACUGGUUUGGUGCAUGGUUAUGCUCCUACACUUUCAACUUUCUCAUGAGCUGGAGCUCCUAUGGUACCUUCAUUCUUUAUGCUGCAAUAAAUGCACUAGCUAUACUAUUUAUAGUUGUAGUCGUGCCGGAAACCAAGGGUGAAAGCCUGGAACAAUUACAAUCAGCCAUUAAUGUGUAGGAAGCAAAGUUUAGCGGGUCGCAGUGUGUGGUGGGAGAGAAAGAUAGAAGCAGGUUGAUGAUUAAAUCACUAGCCAUAUUGUUUAUCAUUUGUUUGCUUAUACAUUGAUGAUUGAAUUCAUGAAGGUUUAUAUUUCACAUUAGUUGUCUUCAUGUAAAUCAUUCAAGAAAUGUAUUCCGAAGCGCAG